GGGAGCUCGGGGGCCGCGGCGGCGGCGGCAGCGCCUGGGCCCGAGCGCCGGGCCCCGGCCCCCGAGGCGGCCGCUCGGAGCGCGGGGGCCGAGCGGGAGCGGAGCGGAGCGGGGGAGGGAGCGAGGGAGGGAGGGCCCCCCGGCCGCCCUGCCCUCCGCCCUCCGCCGCGCCCGCGCCCCCUCCCCGCGGCCGCCCGGCAUGGACGGCGGCGGGGGCGGCCCCGGGGGCACCGGCCUGGAUAAAAUGCUCAAGGCUUCGUUGGCACCUUUCCCCAGAAGAACAAUCCCAGCCCUGCUCUUGCCAUAGCCCUGGAAUCCCGAGCCCUCCCCUCAGCCCCGUUUGUCCCCCGUGUCCAUGGACCAGGCGCCGGGCUGGAGGACCCCCCCCACCUCAAGCUGCUGCUGCUGCCUCGGUUUCUGUGGGAUUGAAGGUGCUCCAUGACCCAGGGCCCCCCAGAUGAGUCAAACGGCCAAUUCCUGCCAGCAGCUGGUUGAGAACUGCCCGGCGCCCGUGGCGGGGAUGGCACAGGAGGACGGUCGCCGCGGGCAAGUGCCACCCUCCUUCUACCACGGGGCCAGCCAGGAGCUCGACCUGUCCACCAAGGUGUACAAGAGGGAGUCAGGGAGCCCCUACUCUGUGCUGGUGGACAGCAAAAUGAGCAAGCCCCACCUCCACGAGAGAGAGGAGCAGCCCUAUUUCAGGGAGAACAGAGCGGUAGGAGAGGUCCGGGCUGUGAAAGAAGACAGAGAAAACUCUGACGACUCUGAGGAGGAAGAGGAGGAGGAAGAUGAAGUGACUUACAAAAGGGAGCAGAUUAUAGUAGAGGUAAACCUUAACAACCAAACCUUAAAUGUAUCAAAAGGGGAGAAGGGUGUCCCCUCCCAGUCCAAAGAGACUGCUGUUCUUAAGACCAGCAGUGAGGAAGAGGAGGGUGACAGUGGGGAAGAGGCCACUGAAGACAGUAAUGAUUAUGAGGAAAAUGAGAGGCAGAAGAAAAAAGAGAAAAGAGUGGAAAAAGUUAGUGUUGCACAAAGGAGAACGAGGAGAGCUGCCUCUGCUGCAGCAGCCACCACCUCCCCACCACCCAGAACUACAAGGGGUCGUAGAAAGAGUGUGGAGCCCCCCAAGCGUAAGAAGAAAACUGCAAAGGAGCCCAAGGCACCUGUGCAGAAAUCAAAGUGUGAAGAGAAGGAGACUUUAACCUGUGAGAAGUGCCCCAGGGUGUUUAACACACGCUGGUACCUGGAGAAGCACAUGAACGUCACUCACAGGCGAAUGCAGAUCUGCGACAAAUGUGGGAAGAAAUUUGUGCUAGAAAGUGAGCUGUCCCUUCACCAGCAAACUGACUGUGAAAAAAAUAUCCAGUGUGUUUCCUGUAACAAAUCCUUCAAGAAGCUCUGGUCCCUCCAUGAACACAUCAAGAUUGUCCAUGGAUAUGCAGAGAAGAAGUUCUCCUGUGAGAUCUGUGAGAAGAAGUUCUACACCAUGGCCCACGUGCGGAAACACAUGGUUGCACACACCAAGGACAUGCCAUUCACAUGUGAAACCUGUGGAAAGUCCUUCAAGCGCAGCAUGUCCCUCAAGGUCCACUCCCUGCAGCACUCGGGGGAGAAACCCUUCCGCUGUGAGAACUGUGAUGAGAGGUUCCAGUACAAGUACCAGCUGCGCUCCCACAUGAGCAUCCACAUCGGGCACAAGCAGUUCAUGUGCCAGUGGUGUGGCAAAGACUUCAACAUGAAGCAGUACUUUGAUGAGCACAUGAAAACACACACUGGAGAGAAGCCCUUCAUCUGCGAGAUCUGCGGGAAGAGCUUCACCAGCCGGCCCAACAUGAAGCGGCACCGGCGGACGCACACGGGGGAGAAGCCGUACCCGUGCGACGUGUGCGGGCAGCGCUUCCGCUUCUCCAACAUGCUCAAGGCGCACAAGGAGAAGUGUUUCCGCGUCACCAGCCCCGUCACCGUGCCCGCCGCCGUGCCCAUCCUGCUCUCCUCCUCCUCCUCCCCCGCCGUGCCCGCCGUGCCCGGGCCCCCCUCGGCCCCCGCCCCGCCCGUGCCCCUGAGCCCCGUGGGCGCCGCUCCCCCCCGGCCCGUCCCGCACCCCUACUCGCACCUCCACCUGCACCCCCACGCCCACCACCCCCACCACCUGCCCGUGCCCCCCGUGCCACACCUGCCUCCCCCCCCGGCCCUGUUCAAGAGCGAGCCCCUGAACCACCGCGGGCAGGGCGAGGAGCCCUUCCUGCGCCACCUGGAGAAGAACAGCCCGGCCCAGCACCACUGACGGCCCCGGGGGCACGGGGGGUCUCUGGCUCGGCUCCCACCUUCCCCGGAACCACUGAUGGCCCCGGGGGCACGGGGGGGUCUCUGGCUCAGCUCCCACCUUCCCCGGAACCACUGACGGCCCCGGGGGCACGGGGGGGUCUCUGGCUCGGCUCCCACCUUCCCCAGCACCACUGACGGCCCCGGGGGCACGGGGGGGUCUCUGGCUCAGCUCCCACCUUCCCCGGAACCACUGACGGCCCCCGGGGGCACGGGGGGCACGGGGGGGCACUGGCUCAGCUCCCACCUUCCCCGGAAUCACUCAACAAGGAAAAGCAAAACACCCCGACUCCGAACCCGGGGACCGACAGGACCGAGGAAAAAACCCCCCCUUGGGUCGUGGUUUCUUUUUCCCCCCCCUCCUCCCGGUGACUUUUAUGAAUUUCAGACACUGAGACUCGUGGAAUUUUAUAAUUUCAUAUCAGCUGAUGAGGUAUGCUUGCUUUUAUAUCCCGGACUUCUCCUCAAAGAGGAGACAGGCCUGGUUUUCUUUGUACUAAUCGGAAAGGCUGUGAGAUUAAUACAGAGCAUUAAUUGUAUCACUGUGUAUGUAACGGAUUCCUUUCAGCUUCUGGUAUCACGGUAUAUUGGAGCAUUAUAAAGAAAGGCAAAAAAAACCCCCUCCUUGUUUUGUGUAGCUCUCCUAACACACUCUUUAUUUUACUACAGAAAUUAUUUUAGAGUUUUUUGUAUAGACCUAUUUAGUAGUCUGUUUCUAAAAACGAAAAUUGUAUUUCAAUAAGCGGUGUAAUUUUUUCAGUGUAGCUGGACCUAUGUUGUAUAAUAGAUAAAUUUUUAUAAUCAUCGAAAAAUGUGAUUCUUAAAAAAAAAAAAAAAGAUGCUUAUAGCUUCUAUAGUUAAAGUUAUUCUUACAACCACACGACUUAAAGGUGCUUCAGAGAAGAAAGGAAACCAAGAGGUCUCUGGAAAAGUUGCCUCGAAAAAUGAUGUUUGAUUUCAGAACUUUACGUAAUUUAUUUUGACAGGGCUUUUUUUUUUUUUUGUCGUUGUUGUCGUUGGGGUUUUUUUAACCUUGUUUCCCUUCUCACGGUUUCCCUCGAGCUGCUGGGAUGAGGAUGUUGGGGUACAACAUUCCUGCUCCACAGGUUUGCUUUAGCUGGGUUGGAGUGGGGUGUGUGAGGUGGGUUGGGAAGGGGGAUCCUGGCACUGGGGACCUGUUAAUUUGGGAAUAGGAAGUCACCAAAGUGAGGAUGUGACAGCAGGGAGGAGAUGGAGUCUCUCAGGUGAGCCAAGGAUCCGCUGGGAGAGCUGAGUCAGGGGCUUUCCAUGGGCUGAGUCAAGCUGGGGAUCACAUCAAAUGCUGCUCUGCAGACAAGGGGCUUGUGGAAUUCCUGGAGUGCCAGGAGAGGGGAGCAGGUGGGAUCACAGGCUGGGAUCACAGCCCUGUUCCUGCCGGGCUGGGGGGACAGGGAACAGGAGUUGGGAGGAGAGCACGGGGCUCCUCCCGAGCUCCAUCCCAUCCUCCCUCCAUCCUCCCUCCCACCUUCCAUCCCAUCCUCCCUCCCACCCUCCCUCCCCUCCUCCCUCCCAUCCUCCCUCCAUCCUCCCUCCCAUCCUCCCUCCCAUCUUCCAUCCCGUCCUCCCUCCCACCCUCCCUCCCAUCCUCCCCUGCAGGAAAACUGGGACAGUCCCUGAGGGUCAGAGGCACGUUUUUGGCAAAUGUUGAGUUUUAGGGUUGGGAACUGGAUCCCUGUUUGAUAAUCCUGGGAGGACAGGAGUGGGAGGGGUGCCAGGCCCAGGGCAGGCCCAGGGGGCAGCUGCUGCUCCCCAGCUCUGGGUUCCUCCCCAGCCAGACCCAAGUGUAGCUCAUCCCUGCAAUCCAGGAGCUCAUCCUGCAAUCCAGGGAGCUCAUCCUACAAUCCAGGGAGUUCAUCCCUGCCAUCCAGGGAGCUCAUCCCUGCCAUCCAGGGAGCUCAUCCCUGCCAUCCAGGAGCUCAUUUCUCCAUCCAGGGAGCUCAUCCCUGCCAUCCAGGAGCUCAUUUCUCCAUCCAGGAGUUCAUCCCUGCAGUCCAGGGGCUGCUCCCUCUCCAGGAAGGCAGAGGCCCAAGCACUGUGCUGUGAGUCCCCUUUUCCUUGAACUUCCCCCUCUUUGUGCUGCUUUUCCCAUCCAGUCCCACCCCACUCCACACCCAGAGACCCUCUUGGGCAGAGGGGGAGGGAUGACCUCGGGGUUGUGCCUGAGGGGAUUGUUCUCCAGGAGAGCAGGGAUGCUGGAAUUCUUCCCCAGGGACUUGUUUGAGACACCCAAUCCUCUGCUGAGAAACAGCUCCUCAGCUGAUGGGUUUCCACCAUUUUCCACCACUCACGUUGGGUUUUCCAUGACAUAGAAACUUCAGGACCCAGGAAGGGCAGUUUUGGCCCAACCAACUCAUUUUUGACUGAGCUGAAACCCCUCCCAGCAUUUCUGAAAGGAAAAGAAUAAUGAAACAAUGCUUUUUAAACGUUUUCUCUAUAAUAUUUAUACCCACCCCUCUUACCUUCUAGAAGAAAAAGCCAAUUAUGAGAGUGAGUUUUGAAUUUCCACUGCUGAUUUAAACUGUUGUGUUUCCUGUGCCUGGUCCACCCUGGGGGUUCUGUGCAUUCCACACCACAUUUGCAACCUGCAUUUCUGUUGUGCCACUGUUUUAUGGUCAGGCCUGUUAUUAAAUGAUUUUUAAAUGCUUAAAAAAAAAAAAAACAAAACAAACAAACAAACAAACAAAAUCUUGGUAAAUCAAUUGUAUUCCAGUUUUGCAAAAUGAUUUUCUUCUCAAUAAAUUUACAGUAUUAGGCUGCUAUUCAGAAUUCUAA